GUUGGGAGUUCUUAAAGUUUAGCAAGUCUGCAAAUAACUACAGAACACAAUAGAGUCCCCCUCCCUUCCUCUCUCUCUUGCUCUCUCGCGCUCUCUCUCUUUUUUUUCUUUUCCUGCUUCCAAACGCCUUCUUCGAGGCUGAAGCUGGGCAGGUCUCCAAAGGUGCAGCAGCCACAACAAUCCCGCAGUUCAAAGUGAGGCAGCAGUUGCACAACUUCUAGCAACUCUCUUAGCCGGCUGCUAAUGAGCUGAAAGCCAGGAACCUUUGGAGGAGGUGAAGAGGAAACGUUCAAUCCUCCCUUUCACCGAGAAAUCCGGACACCCACCCCCCACCCGCAUCUCCAGAUAACUUUGCCAUAAGACCCUUUCUCUUCGCUGGCCUGGUGGACCAUGGCUCCCUUUGGAAGAAACUUGCUAAAGACUCGGCAUAAAAACAAAUCUCCCACUAAAGACAUGGAUUCAGAAGAGAAGGAAAUUGUGGUUUGGGUUUGCCAAGAAGAGAAGAUUGUCUGUGGGUUAACUAAACGCACCACCGCUGCUGAUGUCAUCCAGGCUUUGCUUGAGGAACACGAGGCUACAUUUGGAGAGAAACGAUUUCUGCUGGGGAAGCCCAGUGAUUACUGCAUCAUAGAAAAGUGGAGGGGUUCAGAGCGGGCUCUUCCUCCACUAACUAGAAUCCUGAAGCUUUGGAAAGCCUGGGGAGAUGAGCAACCCAAUAUGCAAUUUGUCUUGGUUAAAGCAGAUGCUUUUCUGCCAGCUCCACUAUGGAGGACAGCUGAAGCCAAAUUAGUGCAAAACACGGAAAAAGUAUGGGAACUCAGUCCAGCAAAUUACAUGAAGACAUUACCACCAGAUAAGCAAAAAAGAAUAGUCAGAAAAACUUUCCGGAAACUGGCUAAAAUUAAGCAGGACACAGUUUCCCAUGACCGAGAUAGCAUGGAGACCUUAGUUCAUCUGAUUAUUUCCCAGGACCACACCAUUCAUCAGCAGGUCAAGAGAAUGAAAGAGCUGGAUCUGGAAAUUGAGAAGUGUGAAGCUAAGUUCCACCUGGAUAGGAUAGAAAAUGAUGGAGAAAAUUAUGUCCAAGAUGCAUAUUUAAUGCCUAGUUUCGGUGAAAUUGAGCAGAAGCUGGACUUGCCUUCCGAUGAAAACCAGAGUCUGGACGACCUGACUGAAAGUGAUGGAAUUGGACACCUGGAAGAGAGAUUAGCAUAUUACAGAAUGCUCAUUGAUAAGCUCUCUGCUGAAAUAGAAAAAGAGGUAAAAAGUGUUUGCACAGAGAUAAAUGAAGAUGCGGAAGCGGCCGCUGCAAGUGAGCUUGAAAGCUCUAAUUUAGAAAAUGUUAAGUGUGAUUUGGAGAAAAGCAUGAAAGCUGGUUUGAAAAUUCACUCUCACUUGAGUGGCGUCCAAAAAGAGAUUAAAUACACUGACUCACUGCUUCAGAUGAAAGCAAAAGAGUAUGAAUUCCUGGCCAAGGAGCUCAAUUCGCUGCAUAUUAGCAACAAAGAUGGAUGCCAACUAAAGGAAAACAGAGGGAAGGAAUCUGAGGGCCCCAGCAGCAGUGGGGAGGUUCCUUCCUUGACUCAAAGAGUAUUUAACUUGUAUACAAAUGACACUGACUCGGACACUGGUAUCAGCUCUAACCAUAGUCAGGACUCGGAAAUAACUGGAGGAGACGUGGUGCUAUUGUCAACAUAAUUUGAAUGGCUUGUUUCUGACCUACUUUAACGUUCAUGUUUGUUUAACAGGAAAGUUUGUUUUAAAUAUCACAUUCUGAAAAAUGAUGUAAAUCAUGUUGAGUAUCCAGUAGUUAGUAAAAACAAGAGAAAGUUUAUUUUUGAUUUAAAAGUUCCAAAGUCACCUAAUUAUUACAAGUUCAGAUGAGAUGUUUAUUAGGAAUGCAACGCAAAUAGCUUGCAGGUGUCUAACAGAAAUGAUUUGAUGGGAAUUAUCAUCUCUUAGAGUUUCUGUGAGAAAUGAUUUACACAAACAAAACUAAUUCUUAAUAUUGCAGUCAAUGUAUUGAAACUAGACACAUGAACAAGUAAAAUUAAAAAUGUGCUGUGAUAUAUUUUUUUCAAAGCUAUAUCAUUGGAAUUUUUAAGUCUGUAAUGUACAUGACAAUUAUGCUGUUAUAACUGUAUUAAUUCAGGUCUUGAUUCUUCUCAUUGAUACUUAGAAUAUACAUCAUCUCUGAGACUUUCUGAACCCCUCUGCUUGUUUAGACCCAGACAACAGAAAGCGGGAAGGGCUCCCAGUGGGACAUGUGCAAAUACCAGCAGUGGAUUGGGUGGGGGUAUAGAUAAGAAAGGGCCAAGGGCUACAUACAACAGCAAUUUUUUCUAAAAAUAGCUAAAGUUAUUAAGACUUAUGCCUGGGCUUUCUCUGACAAAGCAAAUCUUCUGAUCAAACAAAUGGUCUCUGCAGGUUUGUUUUUUGAGUGAGGUAUGAUGUGGGCUACAGAAAAAAUCACAGGGUCACAGUCCUGUUUAUUUACACCCUGUUCACAAAACAGCCUCCUAUAAAGGCAACUUGGUGUCCUUUGUUUGGGUAAAAUAGAGUUCUGCAUACGCUAAGUAUUAGCAUUUUGCCUUUUAACCUACAGAGAGGAACUCACAUGGACAAAAAUCUUUUGUUCUUUUACACUGGAAUUCAGAUGGUCUCUGUAGAACUUCAUCUAAGGUACAAACUAAAAAAAAAAUAAAAUAAAAGUACUAAGUGUACUAACUCUAACUCCUACUCUUUCCCCAAGGUUGCUAGUAACUAAUCAACAAAUUGAGAGACUAUUUAGAUCCUACCUUGACUGACACUUAUUACAGUGCUGGACAAGGCUUGGUUUUGCCUGGUGCUUAGUUAGGACAUAUUCCAACCUCUCUCCUUUCUUUGUUUCUUGCCAGAGAACAUGUGAUGUAAUCAUAUUGUAAACAAUUCGUUUUAUUGUUUUAUUGUACUGUUAAAUAAAUACCACUGUGGUUUAUUUUUUUCUUUAGCUGAACACUUUUCCUGUAUGUCAGCACACAUGUAAGAAUAUUAUUUUACUUAGUUUUAAUAUGUGGAUAUUGGUGAAGAUUUCAGUAUUUAUAAUUCCCUUUUAUUCCCAUGCUUACCAUAGUGCAUGUUUUAACUGAGUUUCUUAAGCUAGUUUUUCAUUUCUCUAAUCCCCAGGCUUUUCACCAAUAUUUGGGAAGAUAUUUAGGACGAUUUAGUAUUUCACUUUGGAGAGCCUCUGUGUUAUCACUUCUAGCACCAAGAUAAUGCUCAAGGCUUUAGUUGAAAUUGGCUGGUAAAGAAAGUAGAAAUUUCCAUUUCAGGGAAAAUAAAGUGAAAAAGAGUAAAUAAUAAUGGUAACAUGGAUUGAAUUUAAAAAAAAAAAAAGGAAAGGAAUUGAAUGGUCAUCUGAGAAAGGAAAGUUUAUUUGCCAAAUAUUCCAUUAAAUCAUUCAGCAGUAAGGAAAGUGUUUGAUAUAUUCAUUGUUCAGUACUGGGGAUUAAAUUCAGAAGAUUGUCAUCAGUGAUAAACCAAUUGCAAUUUUGUUUUCCAAAAGUGAAAGCUCUCUCUUUGUAUUACUCCUUAGUGAGAAAAUAAUGAAAAGAACAUUACCUAUCUGUUAUAUAAUUUGAUUAAUUAUCUGAAUUCGAAAGAGGUUCUGUUAAGAAAUAGGACUGGAAAGAUAAUUUCAUUUUAGAAUCUUUGAAUUAACUUCUGCUUUUAUAUAGUGCAGUACAUACAUUCUAAGGACCACUCCUUUAUUUUUAUAAUAAAUUAUGUUGAAGACUCUUCUCAAAAAGUAGAACUGUUGAUUUUUCAAAUACACUUUAGAACUUCUAGUUGUUUUUUAGUUAUACAAAUGUAUUUGUGCUUUUGACUCAUUACAAUAUUAAAUCAUCAGUGACCAUGCUGAAUCUCUAAUUUAGAGUAAUAUAAUAAUACAGAUAAACAACUACAAUUGCCUUCAUCCUUAGAUACUAAGCUAUUCUUUAUUAAAAUGAGAAUUUGAAUUAUAAAUAUAGAACUUGAUAGAGUCUUUAAUGUUUUAAUUCUGUAUAGAAUCUUUAAAGUGUUUAUUAAUUUUUGAGUAACCUAACAGGUUAACCCUGAAAUUGCUAUAUGCAGCUAGAAGUAGCAAACCAAAGUGGACUCUUCUUCCUUCUUGUAAAAAUGUAGAUUUUACCUUGUUCAUCCUCCCCCUUGGAAUGCCUUUUUUCCCUCUAUCUGCCAUACACAGAAACCUACCCACUUUGUCUUUUUAACAUGUUGUGUUUUCUCUGAAACAUUUAUUCCAUUCAAUCAGUUGUAAUAUUUUAUCUCAGAUCCCACAACUACUUUAGGUGUAUUUUUCAUACAGGAGCACUUACGUUACGGCUUAGCUCAUAUUUAUUACGUACUUACCUACCUUCCUUUUCCCAAUGUAUUUUUUUUAUUGUUUUAUUACUUUGUCUUCUAUCUUGUUAACUAUAAUCGCUCCAAUCGACCCCCUUACCUCUUUGCCCCACCCAGUUUUUGAAUUGAAAUGCUAAAUUUUAGAAGACCGCAACCAUUUUUUUUACUUUAUUUUUUUCAUUUUUGAUUUUUUUUACUUCAAUCAUUUUAAAAAUUAUUUCUGGGAUGCUCAUGCAUUUUAUAUAUAAAUAUGCAUUUUAGCAGACUUCAAACAGUAAUUCUACUUACAAAUUCUUUAGGGAAGGCACGAAAUCAUUGUGCUUUGAAAAAUUUUUGAAUUUUAUUUUUAAAUCACAGUUACUGAUUUAAGGCAAUACAAAUAGUCUUUUUAAAAGCCUCACAAUGGUUAAAUUAUGGUAUUUUCCUAUGCAUUGUAUGCAUGUAGAAAAAAAUGUGCAUUCUGUAGAACUGAAAUUUAAGUAGUAGACACAAAAUAACUUUAGAAUAUUAUCCUAAAUGAAAUAUCUGUUUUAUUUUCUUUCUAACUCAAAAAAAUAAAUGGCCUCAGUGUAUAGAAGCUAUUCUAAUACAUUAAAAUUUUAUUUUUAUAUUAUUUAAACAUCUGUACAUGACAAAACAUAUUUCUGUGGCUGAAUUUUAUAGUUUUUCGAAGUAGGAUUAUUGUUUUAUUUAGAAUGUAUUUUUCUAGUUGACAAAUGAAUACCUUUUAAUCCAGAAACAUAUUUUUUUUUUUUUAAAUAUUAGGCUAUUUCUUUUCAUACUACCUGACUGGUUUAAUAAACCUGAUGUAACAAAUAUAAAGUAUCUGUAAUUUCUUCAAGUGUAACUAAUCCAGAAUAAUAAAAGAAAUAGUUAUACCCUUUUGUGUGA